AUGGAUCCGAAUGGCCUGUCAGAUCCCUACGUCAAACUAAAACUUAUCCCUUUUGAAGAGAAUGAACAAUGCAAACCAAAACAAAAAUCAAAAACAAUAAAAUCAACACUUAACCCCGUUUGGGACGAACAUUUUACCUUCAAAUUAGAACCUUCUGACAAAGAUAGACGUUUAUCUGUUGCCGUGUGGGAUUGGGACAGAACUAGCAGGAACGAUUUUAUGGGCUCCCUUUCUUUUGGAAUUAGUGAAUUAAUUAAAGAACCUGUCGAUGGGUGGUUUAAAUUGUUAAAUGAUGAAGAAGGUGAGUUAAUUUACUUUUGGUAA